GGGUUUCUAUUGAUUCUUCUAAAUAUGUUGUGUCUUCUACUCUGGGUUUGAUCUUCUAGGGAUUGUGUGUUUUUGUUUUUCCUUUUCCAUUGGGUGUGGCUGAGGAGGCGCCAUGGAGUUGUUUUUCAGGUCGUUUUUCGCAAUCUUCAUCGGAAUUUGUUUCUGUUGGUUGUUGCGGAUUGUUUUAUUCAGGACCGGAUUCGUUUUCGUGGUCAAGAAAUGGUGGAGAAAUCUAGAAGAUUGUUUCCAUGUUUACCAGUUUUUCAGAAUCCCGGAAUUCAAUCAAAGUUCUCAACAGAAUCACCUAUAUCGAAAAGUCUCUGCUUAUCUUACGUCUUUAUCGUCCCUGGAGGAUUCCGACUUCACCAAUCUCAUCACCGGAAACACCCCCAAUGACAUUAUUCUCCGCCUGGAUUCCAAUCAGACGGUUCAGGACAAUUUUUUGGGGGCAAAACUGCUUUGGACCAAUGAAGAAUAUGGUUCCAGAAAUUUUGUGUUGAGGAUUCGAAAGGCUGAUAAGCGCCGAAUCCUCCGCCCUUAUCUUCAGCACAUUCAUACCCUAACUGCCGAUGUGAUUGAGCAGAGGAAAGGGGAUUUGAAGCUUUUUAUGAAUUCAAAACCUAAUAAUCAGUCGGAUACAAGAUGGAAAUCGAUUCAAUUCCAACAUCCAUCCACUUUCGAUUCGAUUUCCAUGGAAACAGAUCUCAAAGAAAGGGUCAAAUCCGAUCUCGAAUCGUUUCUCAAAUCCAAACAAUAUUACCACAGAUUAGGCAGAGUUUGGAAACGAAGUUACCUUCUAUACGGCCCUUCCGGAACCGGAAAAUCUAGCUUCGUCGCCGCUAUGGCGAAUUUCCUCUCCUACAAUGUCUACGAUAUCGACCUCUUCAAAGUCUCCGAUGACUCUGAUCUCAAGCUUCUUCUGCUACAGACCACGACCAAGUCGAUAAUCGUCGUCGAGGAUCUUGAUCGGUUUCUGAUGGACAAAUCGUCGGCGUUGAGCCUAUCGGCGCUACUGAACUUCAUGGAUGGAUUAUUAACAUCGUGCUGCGCGGAGGAGAGAGUGAUGGUUUUCACCGUCAAUUGCAAAGACCUGGUUGACCCGGCGGUUCUCCGACCUGGGCGUAUCGAUGUUCACAUCCAUUUUCCACUCUGCGAUUUCUCUGCUUUCAAGAAUCUCGCAAACAACUACCUAGGCGUGAAGGAUCACAAAUUGUUCCCUCAGGUUGAAGAAAUAUUCCAAAACGGCGCCAGUUUAAGCCCGGCCGAGAUCAGCGAGCUGAUGAUCACGAACCGAAACUCGCCUAGCCGUGCGAUAAAAUCGGUCAUCACGGCGUUGCAGACGGACGUGGAGCGACGGAGAAUCAGCAGCAUCGGACGGCGACUGAGCGACUGCGGGUCGAGGAAGUCCGUCGCCGAAUCCGUCGAAUCAGGCGGCGUAUUGUGCAGCGAAAACACUCAGACCGGAAAAGAGCUGAGAAAAUUGUACGGGUUUCUAAGGAUGAAAAGCAACAAAAUAUCUCAGACGUUCGAUGCGUCUCCUAUGCGGAAAGAAAGUUGAUUUUACGGACGUGGCGGAAUCCCAAUGGAGGAAGUGAUUUCCUGCCAUGGGCUCGCAGGUACUGGAUUUGUGGGGCGGGGGGGGGGGGGGCUUAGAU